AUGGACGCGGAGCAGACCAACCCCGAUGACCGUCGCAACCAGCAGGUCGACAAUGCCAUUCGUGCCAUUCAGCAGAAGAAGCCCGUCCCCGAGAUUGACUUUACUAUCCAUACCAUGGAGGAUGGCACCCAGGUUAACACCGCGGAGCGUGUUUGCAAAGAUGUGCAAGCACCGGCCACGUCCAAGCCGACAGACGAGCAAUUCUUCUCGGAUAGCACCCGCACCAAGCCCAACAUCCACUUUCUCAAGCAGCACUUUUAUCGCGAGGGCCGUUUGACCGAGGAGCAGGCUCUCUUCAUCCUCAAGACCGGCGCCGACGUCUUACGCGCGGAACCCAACCUGCUCGAGAUGGACGCCCCUAUCACUGUCUGCGGUGACGUCCACGGACAGUACUACGACCUGAUGAAGCUGUUCGAGGUCGGCGGCGACCCGGCCGAGACGCGCUACCUUUUCCUCGGUGACUACGUUGACCGUGGCUACUUUUCCAUCGAGUGCGUCUUGUACCUGUGGUCUCUCAAGAUUCACUACCCCAAGACACUCUGGCUGCUGCGCGGCAACCACGAGUGCCGUCAUUUGACCGACUACUUCACCUUUAAGCUCGAGUGCAAGCACAAGUACUCCGAGGCCAUCUACGAGGCCUGUAUCGAAGCCUUUUGCUGCCUGCCCCUCGCUGCUGUCAUGAACAAGCAGUUUCUCUGCAUCCACGGAGGCCUCAGCCCCGAGCUGCACACCCUUGACGAUUUGAGAAAUAUUGACCGAUUCAGAGAGCCGCCCACUCAGGGUCUCAUGUGCGAUAUUCUCUGGGCUGACCCGCUGGAAGACUUUGGCCAGGAAAAGACGAGCGACUACUUCUUGCACAACCACGUACGAGGAUGCUCGUACUUUUUCUCAUAUCCCGCAGCCUGUGCUUUCCUCGAGAAGAACAACCUCCUAUCCGUCAUCCGCGCGCACGAAGCCCAGGACGCCGGCUACCGAAUGUACCGCAAGACCAAGACAACCGGCUUCCCCAGUGUCAUGACCAUCUUUUCCGCACCCAACUACCUCGACGUGUAUAACAACAAGGCCGCGGUUCUCAAGUAUGAAAACAACGUCAUGAACAUCCGCCAAUUCAACUGCACGCCGCACCCCUACUGGCUGCCCAACUUCAUGGACGUCUUUACCUGGUCGCUGCCCUUUGUCGGAGAAAAGAUUACAGACAUGUUGAUUGCCAUUCUCAGCACAUGCUCCGAGGAGGAGCUCAGAGAGGAGACACCAUCGUCGACCUCGCCCGGCGGUGUGUCGCCGCCUGUUGCUGCGACGCCCGACGACCCCAACUCGAUCGAAUUCAAGCGCCGAGCGAUUAAGAACAAGAUUCUUGCCAUUGGCCGCAUGUCGAGAGUGUUUCAGGUCUUGCGCGAAGAGUCUGAGCGUGUCACUGAGCUCAAGACGGCCGCUGGCGGCCGUCUGCCUGCGGGCACGCUGAUGCUCGGCGCCGAGGGUAUCAAGAACGCUAUUAGCUCCUUUGAAGAUGCCAAAAAGGUGGAUAUACAAAACGAGCAUCUGCCGCCUAGCCAGGAAGAGGUCACGAGACAUCAUGAGGAAGAGAGAAGCAUCGCCAUGCAAAAGGCCGUGCACGACGCCGACAAUGACAAGAAGCUGCAGCAGCUGUCGAGAAGACUCAGCACAGACCGCAAGCCUGCUUCCCGCUCAUAG